AUGGAGAAAAAGAUAGUGCGCAAAGGGCCGCUGCCUGGAGGUCGCCAGGGCGCGUUUGGAGCUGGCGCUGGACGCGACAGCAUGCGGGCCGCCAGCCGAGCGCGGGGUGUUGCAAGACCACCUAGCAGCCCACCGCAUCCAUCAUCCCCACCAGAAGGCUUGGUGUCGGCUGGGUCUUCUCGGACUCAGCAAGCGGCACCCGCCGCUGGUGGAGCACGUCGCAUACGUUGGUCUAAAUCAAUGAAUGAAAACGCACUGCGGGCGUAUUUUAGGGCAAAAGGGGAAGAAACUGGAUGUUUGGCGUAUCGGGCUCGGAUGCAUCGCUUUUUUGCAGAGCUGGAGCCAUCUCUAUCCGUCACUGAGCAAAACCUGGCAGACCGAGUUAGGUACAUCCUGCGCUCCAACAUAUUUGGUGACGCCGAACUCGAGCGACUACGACGUGAGGCUAUUCCUUCAUCGAAUGGAAAUGCUACGGCUGGGAAUGCGGCGCCACUAGAUGCGCAACAAACUGCAUAUGUGGAUGCUGCCGUAAACAUUCCAUUUGUGGCUAAUUCAGACGAUGAUGGAAUAGUCUCCCACGAACUAGAGAAAAUGAGGAGCAUAUUGGAAGAGUCGAUGCUGGAAACGCGCAGCAUGCCUCUCGAAAAUCAACCGCGACUUCCCCGCAUACCCCUUAGCAAGCGAAAUCGGGCUGUCAUGCGGGCUCUUAACCCAAUGCUGGUGACCUAUUUGGAAGCCAGCCGGGACCUUUGCGAGACGGAUUCAAUUCUUUUUGGCGCCGCACUGGCAGUAUGCCGUAUUAUUGGCGCCAAACUUCCCGUGGCUGGACGUGCUACUCAAAAAAGUAGCGCCAUCCCAGCCUGGAGAAAAAGAAUUCAGGACCGUAUCGCAAAGGCAAGGGCCCUUAUCGGCAGACUGACAAGCUUCAGGGCGGGUAAUAAUAGACCGAGGAUUAUGCGCACCGUUAGGAUGGCGUUUGCUGGGACAAAUAUCAGUUUGUUCCAGCCGGAUAUCACGCAAAAACUAACGGAGCGCAUAGAUGACCUGAAGCAAAAAAUCGCUGCUUGGGGGAAGCGGAUUCGACGAUUUAGCGAGAGGUCAAGGCGGUUCAACCAGAAUCGUCUCUUCCAGAGUGAUCAGAAGAGGCUCUAUAAAUCAUUGGAGCGACCAGAGGUAUGUGGAGCGGGCCCAGGACCGGAUCAGGCUGACACUGUCGCAUUUUGGCGUGGCCUGUGGUCAGAGCCCGUAAACCACAGCGAGGGCCCUUGGAUGGAAGUUGUGGCGAGCCAGAGUGCAAGUGUUACGCCUAUGGACCCCGUCACCAUAACGCCUGAAGACGUGGCUGAGGCGGUCCGUAGGGCCCCGAACUGGAAAAGUCCGGGGCUCGACGGGCUGCAUCAUUACUGGCUGAAGGGGUUCGUAGUGUGUCACGCUGUGCUCGCCCGACAGUUUCAAGAGGCUCUCGAUCAGAAUCGCUCCCGAGCCUCUUCACUACUGGGAUCACUCAUUUGGUUCCUAAAGAUCAGGAUACCACAGACCCGAGCAAAUACCGCCCCAUCACGUGUCUACCCACCAUAUAUAAGACACUGA